AGGAGCUUUGGCAUUUUUUGCAUUUGAGCAAAACUUGUCAAUUCUGAUAUUCUAAUUUUUUAUUCUUGAUUUUAAAUUAUCUAAACUAUAAAAAAAGAAGCAAGUUUAGUAACAUCAAAAGAUCAACAGUCAACAGUAACAGCUUACAGCUGAACUGUAGCUGAGGCUUACAGCUUCAGCAACUGUAAUCAAGCCAGCUUAUAAAAGCCCUAUGGCUGGAGGGCAGGGAUCACAAGAUCCAGGAGGCACUAGUAGUGUCCCACUCAGAAGGUCAUCCAGAAAUAGGAGAAGACCAAAUCAUUUCUCUGAGUUCCAUCUUUCUGCCAGUGAAGAACCAUCAUAUUCUAAUGAAUGGAUGGAUCAAAUGGCUGAAGCAGAAAUAGAAGAGCAUACUUUAAAUGUAUGCAUUGGCUCAGACUAUCAGGCAGAGAUACCUGCUUUGAGAAAGAAAUCUUUGGCCGUCUUUGACCAAGAUGGAGCAGAUUUCAUCUCAGACCCCCUUGAGCAAGAAGGGGCUAGUAAAGAACAUGAUAAUUGGACACUGGAUGAAAAAGUUCUAUUAUCGAGAGGAAUGUCGAGAUAUGGAAAGAACUUUUUUAAAAUACACAAAAUGAUCAAAACAAAAACCACUGCCCAGUGUGUAACAUUCUAUUAUGCUAACAAAAAGCAUACCAAAAUCGGCCGCAGGAAGAAUCUUAUAUUCUCUUCCGAAACCCCCAAGGAGGGUACGUGUAGCUAAAAUAUAUUAAGAAAAAUAGUUUCUAAUGUGAUGCCCAGUGUAAAUUUCAUUUAUUAAAAUGUUCCCAUUACAUUUCACAGCUAAAACAUCUAGAAAGAGAAAGAUCCAAAGCGGCGAAGAACAUGAGGAAAAUGGCAACAAAAAGCCAAAACAUUCUCCUAGCAAGUGAAUGUAUUCCUCAUGAAGAGAUCCCAAACCCUCCCUACAAUCUUCCCUUUACCCAUGUUUUGUA